ACUUUCUGUCCUUUUAGAGGUCCUGAGUUCAGUUCUCAGCACUCAUAUUGGGUGGCUUCACAACUGCCUAUAACUCCAACUAUAGGAGAUCUAACACCACCUCUGGUCUCCAUGGGCACCUGCUCACAUAUGGCACAGCAAAUCCCCAGAUCUCAUAAUGGUUUCAGUAAGUUUUGUGAUUUUUUGUUUGGGCUGCAUUCCACAGUCUCCUAAAGCAGCACUGCCUGAUGGGGACUUAAGUAUUUAAACACACAGCUUAUGAGGGUGUGUCACGCUCGAACUGUAGCAGUGUGAAGUGAGUGAGGGCCUUCAACACAGUGAGGCUGCGCUGUGUUGACAAAUGCUCAAUGUGCUGUAGUUUCAGUUCAAGGGUACUUGUCCCUGGGUCAUUGGUGGUAGAGGAUGUCCAGGCUGCAAGGUGGCUGUGGGUCUCAUCUCUGUGGAACCAGCAGGUUGGAGAGAGCAUCAGGAUAUAGCCUCUCCGGUAGGCCUCACUGCAGGCCCAGACCCACACAGGCUAUUUCUGCUCAUAUAAUGUUUUGCCCGUAUCUGGGAGCAAACUGGCACCUGAUGGAAGUACACCAGGCAAGAGUUAUGAUCUCCACCUCACAGCUGCAGCCAUAGCUCAGAGUCACACAGUGAAGAGCAGCGGGCUUCCGGGCAGUAUCUGCAUCAUUAACCAACCUCAGAUGGAUAGUCAAGCAGAAAAAAGUAUAGACAUUUUUUGUCACUAGCCCCCCAAACAACACGAUAUAAUAGUCACUAUACGGAAUUAGAUAUAAGUGACCUAGAGAUGACUUGCGCGGUGUACAGGAGAAUACGGAGAGGUGAUAUGUCAGUGUGAUGCCACUUCAUUUCAGAGUGUCUUGAACAGUGGCAACCGUGAGGGUCUUGUGAAAAACUGCUCACUGGUACUGGGGGAUGGCUGAAGUGGAGUUAGUUUUGAACAAGGAUCUUCCAGUUCCUGAUCAGGAGGCUUUGUUGAGUCAGCAGAGCUCUGCCCUCUGUCGCGGCACAGUAACUAAGUUUAGACCUCAGCUUUCCUGCAAGUACAUGGAAGAAGAGAGUGAACUCAAACCUCAGCUCUCUCUGCAUCCACUCCUGCUUUCCAGCAAGAAAUAAUUGCUCUGUAAACAACAAUGUUCCUUCAGAGUCUGGUCACCCUCACAGGCCAAUAUUUGCUUUGUAUUCUCCCCCUCUUUUCUUCUCCCUCCCUCCCUCCCUUCCUCCCUCUCUCCGAGCCCCUGCCUCCUCUCGUCUUGUACACAGACAUUCUCAUAAGGCCACAUGUUUACAAUCAAUGUGGAAAUUGUGUGUUUUGCUUUGUCACAAAUGACACCCUGAGUAUCCUCCCACAUCCCUCCCCAUAACCAUACAGUUCUGUUCGCAAAGGUCUGUGGGCACUCUGCUCUUGCUACAUGGAAGCCUGCCUUCCACCCGCCUGCCUCCUGCUUGCCUCCAAAAGGGUGUUCCUGAGAUGUGAGUCUGACUCUGGAACUCACCUACUUCAAGCUUUCGUCUGCAGUUAUCAGGACAGAGAGUAGGCAUCAGGCUCACCUCCUCCCAAGGUACUCAGAGUUCCUACUGACUCCUUCUCCCAUGUCAGUAAGGGACUGGGCAGGAAGCAGAGUUCACUCCAGAUGGUUGCAACAGGGAGAUUUCAAUCAAGGGAUGGCUUCUAAAGAGCAAUGACAGGCAUAAAACAGAGACGUUUCACCCCUGUUGGGAGGGUGUGAUCACUGGCGGGGAGGGAGUGGGGAAGAAAUACUAUCUCCUUUCUUCCACAUCUUGUCGGUGCUUCCCAUCGACUAAAUCCAUUUGGAAGUGGGGCAGGACAAGUGACCCACAGGGAUGGAUAUGUCCUGACAGUGGGCCUGGGGAAACAAAUGGAAAGCAUCCUUCAUGCCUGCCCCUGGCCUCUGCACCUUGUGAUGCCUGUGCCCUACCAGGACCAGUUUGCCCUUUCCACCCUGAAAAUUGCUGGCUUCAAUAUUCCUUUGGGUACUUCCAUCUUUAGACAUGGUCUUGUGUAGCUCAGACUGGCCUCAAACUGUAUAUGUGAGCCAGGAUGGCCUUAAACUCUUGAUCUUCCUGCUUCCCCCUCCUCAGUGCUGGGAUUAUAGGUGUGCACAAACAGCAUUUGGGGAGCCGUGUUGGUAGGCACUCAGGAGACAGCUGGCCUAUGGGCUGUAGUUUGUUCGUUUUGUUUUUAAAAUAUAUUAAAGUGGAGGCAAGGGUGUAAUGAUUUCACUAGACCCAAGAUAAGUAGUAAAUGGGUGUUUAAUGGGGAACAUUUAUGCAGAUAAUAAUAAAGAACCUAGGGAGUGCCUCUCUAUCCUUCCUACCCAAUUGGCUGACCCAAGAGGAAGAGCCUGCCCAAGCGAGACCACGCCCACGCUUUCCACUUCCAUCCGCCUGAAGUCACACCCAAAGGGUGUGACCACUGUUACAGGUUCACUGGCAAGACGCAGCUACUUUAAAGUAUCAUACUUUUUGAGGUAGAGGCAGGAAGAUCAAGAGUUCAAGACCAUUCUCUGGCAAGCUCACUAACCCUCUUUAAAACAACACCACCUCCCCCCAACCCCCCAAACUUCUUAAAAGAAUAUUUAUAUAUAUGUAGGUAUGAACAUACACACACCAUAGUGCACAGGUCAAGGUUAGACAAUAUUGUGGAGUUGGUUCUCUUCCACCUUCUGGAGGUUAUGGCUUAUAGGGGUUGAACUCAUAUCUGCACAGGCGGCGUCUUUACCCGCUGAGCCGUCUUAGCCUCAGAUGGUUUUUGACCUUGCUGUAGUCUUAAAAAUAAAUGUCUCAUUGUCAUAGCCUCCCCACACAGACACUUCUGUGUUGGAACAGGUUUCGUGGUGUAGACUUAUUGUUACUAAACAUGAAACCUGCCCUGGAAUGUUCUAUUCUAGUCUCCCCUGUUUUCCUUAAAAGGUGCUGUUCAUAACCUUUGAUCUGUUUUCCUUAAAAGGUUUCCUUAAAAGAUUCAGACUGCUUGGGUGGUCUCGUGUGCCUAUUGCCCAUGGGUGCAGUUCUCCCCUAUGAAGCUUGUUCUUGCUGGGCUCUGAGGACAGCAUCUGGAGUGCGGAGCUGUUCUAGGAUGCAUUGUUGAGCGAGUGUGUGAGAGGGUGCAAACAGAGGGGUCCCAGACCCCUGUAGUGGGGCUUCUGUAAUUGGCUUGUUUUCUUUCUCUCUACAGUUGCCCUUGGGUCCAGCCUUGUCCAACAUACCUUGGUCCUGCCACCAUCCUGGCCAGGAUGGGCCUGCUGUUCCUAGUCUUGCUGUUGUCACUUUCCUGCGUCAUGGGACUGCCAUUCUCCAAUGGCUUCUACUAUUCCAAUGGCCUGCAUAGCAGGACCUUGGGCCAUGGCUAUGGGGAAGGCCUAUUCAAUGGAGUGAAACUGGUGGUAGAGACGACCGAGGAGUCCCUGUUCAGUCACCGAGGAGCCAGUGUGACCCUGCCCUGCCACUACCGCUAUGAGCCAGCCCUAGCAUCCCCGAGACAUGUGCGUGUUAAGUGGUGGAAGCUAUCAGAGAAUGGAUCCCCAGAGCAGGAUGUGCUGGUGGCCAUUGGGCAAAGGCACCGCUCCUUUGGGAACUACCAAGGGCGAGUCCAACUGCGUCAGGGCAAACAGCAAGAAGUCUCGCUGGAGCUUAGGGACCUGCGGCCGGAGGACUCUGGGCGCUACCGCUGCGAGGUCAUUGACGGGCUGGAGGACGAGAGUGGCCUGGUAGAGCUGGAACUUCGGGGUGUGGUUUUUCCCUACCAACCCCGAGAAGGGCGCUACCAACUCAACUUCCACGAGGCCCAAAAGGCCUGCCAGGAGCAGGACGCUGUGGUGGCCUCUUUUGAGCAGCUCUUCCGUGCCUGGGAGGAGGGCCUGGACUGGUGCAAUGCCGGCUGGCUGCAGGAUGCCUCCGUGCAGUACCCUAUAGCGCUGCCCCGGCAGCCCUGCGGAGGCCUCGGCCUGGCGCCCGGUGUUCGCAGCUACGGCCAGCGCCACCACCGCCUGCACCGCUAUGAUGUGUUCUGCUUCACGGCUGUCCUCAGGGGGUGGGUGUACUACCUGGAGCACCCCAGGAAGUUGACGCUGCUGGAAGCCAGGGAGGCCUGCCAGGAAGAUGGCGCACAGAUCUCCACCGUGGGCCAGCUCUUUGCUGCUUGGAAGUUCCGUGGCCUGGAUCGCUGUGAUGCUGGCUGGCUGGCAGAUGGAAGUGCCCGCUACCCCAUAGUUCACCCCCGUCCCAACUGCGGGCCCCCUGAGCCUGGAGUACGGACAUUCGGUUUCCCAGACCCACACAGCCGCUAUGGUGUCUACUGUUACCGCCAGCGCUAGCAUCAGGAUGGCCAGCUGCGCAUCCUAUCCUGCCCCUGACUUCCUGGGCCGACUUUCUGACACAAGGGCCCACUUAUCUCUUGUGGGUUGGCAUUGCUUAGUUUUUUGUUUUUUGUUUUUUUCAAGACAGGGUUUCUCUGUGUAGCUUUGGAGCCUGUCCUGGAACUAGCUCUUAUAGACCAGGCUGGUCUCAAACUCACAGAGAUAGGCUUGUCUCUGCCUCCCAAGUGCUGGGAUUAAAAGCAUGCACCACCACUGCCCGGCUUGUAUUGUUUUUAUACAUCCCAGUUUAGACAUUUUGUUUUUGUUUGUUUGUUUGUUUUUCAGAUAGGGUUUCUCUGUGUAACAGUCUUGGCUGUCCUGGAACUCAAUUUGUAGACCAGACUGGUCUUGAACUCACUGA